AUGGAGUUUGGAAAGGUUAUGCCUGCUAUUUACCAAGUGCGCAAUCUAGGAGCACGCUUACAACUACCCGGAGCGUUACUGAGCGCAACUUCAGGCAAAGCAUGGAAACAGCGACGAGCAGCGCCCGAGCAGCUUUCGAAGCGCGCGCUCCAGCAUCGCACGGUUCGCACCUCUGUUGCUGAUGCACCGACGCCAAGUGCUGCUGCUGUCGGUAGUGUGGGAGCGCUGAAUGCGUUCGGACAUAUUUUGGGAAACGCACAGCUUCCGCCAAUCGAAAACGAAACGUACAAACACUAUGCGCCCGGAUCGAGGGAGCGGGCAGCGCUCAAAGCAGAGCUGGAAGCUCUGAAAAGCCAGUUUCCCGUUCGUGUACCUUGCGUUGUCAACGGUAAGGAAUACUUUGAUGAUGCUGAACCCGUAGAACAGGUCAUGCCUCACGAUCACCGGCGAGUGAUUGCGUUGUACCGCCCGCUCGACGGCCAACUGGUACAGAAAGCGAUUCAGGGCGCAUUGGAGGCUCGCGAGCGCUGGAGUCGAACGCCUGCCGACGAGCGUGCAGCUAUCUUUCUAAAAGCUGCUGAACUUGCCUCUCAAAAAUAUCGAUAUCGACUCAAUGCCGCAACGAUGUUUGGCCAAUCAAAGAACGUAUGGCAGGCUGAAAUCGAUGCCGCGGUCGAAACGAUAGACUUUUGGCGUUUCGGGGUCAAGUACAUGCGCGAGAUUUACAAUAUGCAGCCGCCGGAGCACUUUCCUCGUGGUGUUUGGAACCGGCUGGAAUGGCGCCCGCUCGAGGGUUUUGUGGCGGCAAUAAGCCCCUUCAAUUUUACUGCGAUAGGGGCGAACCUGCCGAGCAGCCCGGCGAUCAUGGGCAAUGUGGCACUUUGGAAGCCGUCACCGAACACCGAACUGAGUUCGUGGUUUGUGUAUCAGGUUCUGCGGGAAGCGGGCCUCCCCGAGGGUGUGAUCCAGUUCCUUCCCGGAGACGGACCAUCGUUCAGUCGUGCCUGCCUCCAGCAUCCAGCACUGGCGGGUGUCCAUUUCACUGGGAGCACGCGAACAUUCCGCACGAUUUGGCAACAGGUUGCGAGCAACCUCCCGCAUUAUCGCAAUUACCCUCGCAUUGUGGGCGAAACCGGCGGUAAGAAUUUUCACUUUGUGCACCCCAGCGCAGAUCUGGACUGGGUCGUACCACAUACCAUCCGCGGAGCCUUUGAGUACCAGGGCCAGAAGUGCUCGGCCACCUCUCGAUUGUACGUACCGUCGUCGCUCUGGCCAACACUGCGUGAUCGCCUGGUUCGCGAGAUGCAGCAGAUCAAACAGGGCCCAGUGGAGGAUUUCUCGAUUUUCAUGUCUGCAGUCAUCAAUCGCCAGGCCUUCGAGCGAAUCCGAAACUACAUUGAACAAGCUCGGACUGCGUCACAGCAAAUGAAUCCCGUCGCGAAGAUUAUCCACGGUGGUUCAUGCGACGAUCGUGUCGGCUAUUUCAUCCAGCCAACACUGAUCGAGACCCGAGAUCCCGAUUUUGUCACCAUGCGAGAGGAGAUCUUCGGUCCAGUGCUCACCGUCUAUGUCUAUCGGGACACUGAAAUGGAGUCAGCGUUGGAUCACGCCCUGUACGGGACGGAUUAUGCGUUGACGGGUGCAAUAUUUGCUCGAGAGCGCAGCGCGGUGAUGGCCCUGACGGAUCGCUUACGCGAUGCAGCAGGCAAUUUCUACAUCAACGACAAGUGCACCGGAUCGAUUGUGGGUCAGCAGCCGUUUGGAGGCGCGCGUCAGAGUGGUACCAAUGACAAAAGCGGCAGCGUGCUGAAUUUACUGCGUUGGACGAGUGCACGAGCCAUCAAGGAAAGUUUUCUACCGCCUGACGACUGGCGCUACCCGCACAUGAUGGAGCCGUAA